CUCCAUUUCGCCUGUGCGGGAGUUGCUCUCAUCUGUUUGAAUUGAACUCAUGUCCACCCCUUAGGUCUUGGUCAAGGGCAUGCUCGACAUCAUGCCCCGAAUUCUGCCACCAUCUUUUCCCACGCCUGGAUCCACCAAGAACAUGCCAAAAAGAAAGAUCGAGACUGUGGACCUGACAGGUGAUGACAAUGACCUUCCACGGCCACCCAGGGCAAAAGUACCGAAGCAAAAGUCAUCUCAUUCUUCCCAGCGAUAUCGUGCACCUUUGCCCACCCCGCCCUCAUCCAGCCAGCCUAGCUCUUCAAGUCAUCAUUCCAAGCACAAUUCCAGCGUACAAACGUAUCGUUCUUCGGAGAGAGAUCUGUGGCUUUCCACGCAAGAACAAGAAGCUGACAUCGCACGCGAGAUCGUCCUGACCGAAGACUUUGACGAUGAUGUUUACGAGAGCUAUCAGCUGUACGGUAUCCUUGAUACUAAGAUUGUGGGCUGCAGAUUCUACCAUGGUCAAGCCACGACUGGAGAAUAUGUGAAAGUGAAGCGUGAGCCGGGCAAUCCUUACGACAGCAACGCCAUUCGAAUUGACAAUGUGCUUCGUGAUCAAAUUGGGCACAUUAACAGGCAGGUGGCAGCCAAGCUGGCUCCCUUGAUGGACUCCGGACAGCUGCUUGUUGAGGGCUGUCUUACGGGCGCACAAACGUUUUAUGACUGUCCAAUCGGCCUCAAAUUAUUCGGAACCAGUGAUCCUAUCGCCGCGUCUGCCCUUGCUCGCAGGAUGCAGGAAUUGAGACUCCCUUUGAACCAGUAUGGUCAGUUCAAAAGACGCCUACAAGAACAGGAAAAGGAAAGGAAAUCAAGAGAGAAGGCAGCAGCGGUCAUGGCCUGGAAGGGUAAUGCUGUAUAUGGUCAUCAAGCCUCCAACAAAUACAGCAAUCUCAGUCCCUCAACCAUCGGUGGGAGUCAACCAUCGGAAAGCAUGGAUCAAAUCCUGAAUGGUACCACGACUUUCAAUCCCCGCGAUGUUCAGGACAUGCUUCACAGAAUUGGUGCUGGAGAGGAUAUUCUCGAGAAGAUGCCAAUGGCCGAGCAGCCCACGCAACUUGCAACACACCUACUUCCAUAUCAGCGGCAAGGGCUCCAGUGGAUGCUAGACCAUGAAUUCCCAACUUUGCCCCAAAAGAGCGAUGAUGUCGUGCAGAUGUGGAAGAAGAACGGUAAAUUCUACACCAACAUCGCCACGAAUUUCACGUUCAGCAAAGCUCCAGAGCUUGCUAGUGGUGGGAUCCUUGCUGAUGAUAUGGGUCUUGGCAAAACUAUUCAGAUCAUAUCUCUCCUCAUGGCUGACCCACACAGAAAUGGCCAACCUACCCUCAUCAUUGCCCCUUUGGGUGUCAUGAGUAACUGGAGUCAUCAAGCGUCUUUACACGUUAGGAAGAAAUACACACCGAGGAUAUUGACAUACCACGGCGCGGAGAACAAAGACCUGUCUCGGGAAGAGUUGCAAAAGUAUGAUCUUGUGAUUACGACCUAUCAGACCAUGACGCAGGAACUUUUCCCAAAUCGCUCCUCAGAGCCUAUCAAGACUCCUGCAGCAAAGGGUUUAUUCUCAAUUACUUGGCGACGACUCGUCCUGGACGAGGGCCACCAGAUUCGCAACCCAAAGACCAAAAUGGCCUUGGCGGCCUCCAAACUGGAUGCUAGGUCUCGCUGGGUACUGACGGGCACGCCUAUUGUGAAUAACUUGAAAGACCUCUACUCGCAUGUCAAGUUUUUGCGUUUGUCUGGCGGUUUAGCAGAGUUCGAGAUCUUCAACUCCGCCUUAAUUCGGCCUCUUAAGAACGGCGACGGCAACUCGCGUCUGCUGCUGCAAGCCCUCAUGUCAACAUUAUGCCUCCGUCGAAUGAAAGACAUGAAAUUUAUUGACUUGAAGCUUCCUGGUCUCAGCUUCCACAAGUAUACCGUUCGCUUCCUGCCUCAUGAGCAGGAACGCUACGAUGCAUUCAAAGCAGAAGGUCAAGGUCUGCUCCAGGCCGUGAAGGUCAAGAAGGGAGAAAACAACAUGACGCAUCUCCUUGAGGUUCUUCUCAGACUACGUCAGACUUGCAAUCAUUGGAAAAUGUGUGGCGACGAGCGAGUCAGAAAGCUGCUAGAGCUUGUGGAAGGGGAUACCACAGUGGAUGUGUUGAAUCCUGCCAACCGAAAGGCUCUUCAGGAUCUAUUGCAGCUCCGUAUCGACUCACAGGAGGACUGUUGCGUGUGCCUUGACACCCUGAAGAGCCCCGUCAUCACGGGUUGCGCUCACGUCUUCUGCCGAGAUUGCAUCGAGAGGGUCAUAACGACGCAACAAAAAUGCCCCAUGUGCCGCGCGCCCUUGGAAGAGAAGGAGAAGCUUGUCGAGCCUGCCGCGGGCAUCGGUGAAGGCGACGACGAGCGUGAUGUUGACAUCGAUCCAGAGACAAGCAGUAGCAAGAUCGAGGCGCUUGUCAAGCUGCUGAAAGCUGCCGAUGCCGAGGCGGAAGGCAAGACGGUCGUCUUUUCGCAGUGGACGUCGUUCUUGGACAUUGUCCAGGCCCAACUCCUCCGCGACGGACUGAACUUUACCCGCCUGGACGGCAAAAUGAAUUCCGCACGUCGUGAUGCCGCGAUGGACAUUCUCAACAACGACGCAUCGUGCAAGAUCAUGUUGGCGUCCCUCUCGGUUUGCUCGGUCGGGCUGAACCUCGUCGCCGCCAAUCAAGUCAUCCUGGCCGACUCGUGGUGGGCCCCGGCGAUUGAGGAUCAGGCAGUCGACCGGGUCUACCGGCUCGGACAAACGCGAGACUGCAAAGUGGUACGACUGAUCGUCGAGGGCACGAUUGAAGAUGAAGUGCUCGAGAUACAGGCGAGGAAGAGGAAGCUCGCGAGCGAGGCGUUUGGCGAAAGAGACGCUGGAAUGAAGAGACAGGAACGCACGGGGACUCUGAGGGAUAUCGAAAGACUUCUAUCCUGAGGUCGAAGAGGACUUUGUUUUGUUUGAAAAUUUGCACAGUGCCAGAUACCCCCCCUUUUGUUUGAAUGUUUGAAAUGGAGAUGGAAAGAACUCGGUGCCAUGCCAUUUUUGUGAGAAGCUAGCUAGCCAAUGCCCAUGGUCAAGACAUCCUAAUGAAGAUAUGUCUGAGUUGUAUGA